AUGUAUUCUUUCAAGUUCCUCUUAGCUCUGCUUCCCGCAGCUGUUGUUGUCGCUCAAAACAAUGGCGGCGAUAUCAUCCCGGGCAACUACAUCGUCACAAUGCGACAGCAGAUUGACGACGGAAAGCUUGAACAGCAUCUUGAAUGGGUCGACGACCUGCACCUCGGAAGUUUGUUCCGUCGUGGUGAAGACGGCGUUGACAAGGUUUGGAAUGAUACCUUUAAGGGGUACUGUGGAGAAUUCGACCGCGAGACCAUCAAGAGGAUUAACGCAAGCGACGAUGUUCUCACCGUUGAACCGGUCCGCGUCGUCAACUUGUUCCAGAGCAUCACGACUCAGCGCCCUUCGACAUGGGGUCUCGGAUCCAUCUCGCACCGCACCCCCAACUGGAAGGAGUAUCCGUUCGAUGCAUCUGCUGGUCUCGGGAUGUAUGCUUAUCUGAUUGACACGGGCGUCAAUACCAACCACACCGACUUCCAGGGCCGGGCCGUUCUCGGUUACAACGCCAUGGCCGGUGCCCCGUUUGUCGAUGUUGACGGUCAUGGAACGCAUUGCGCGGGGACUAUUGCUGGUAAGCAGUAUGGUGUGGCCAAGAGAGCCACCGUUGUCGCAGUCAAGGUUUUCCAUGGCGGCAGUACAACAACAGCCAUCGUCCUUGAUGGGUUUAACUGGGCCGUGACCAACAUCACCAACACACCCGGCCGCUCUGAGCAAUCGGUUAUUUCCAUGUCUUUAGGCGGUGCCAAGUCCGACGCCUUCAACCUUGCCGUAGACUCGGCCUACCGCUCUGGUGUACUCACUGUUGUUGCGGCAGGUAACGACAACAAGGACGCGAAGGAUUACUCCCCUGCCUCUGCCCCCAACGCCAUCACCGUGGGAGCCAUCAGUAUUGAUAACAAGAGAGCUAGCUUCUCCAACUUCGGACCCGUGGUGGAUGUGUUUGCGCCGGGCGUGGAUAUCACCAGUACCUGGAUUGGUAGCAGCAACUCAGCUGCUCGGACUAUCAGCGGAACGAGCAUGGCGUGUCCUCAUAUCGCUGGCCUGUCGCUGUACCUGAAGGCCAAGGAGGGAUUGACUACUCCGAAGAGAGUAACUGAUAGGAUCAAGGAGUUGGCGACGAAAAACGUUGUUCAAGAUCCUGGUCGUGGAAGUCCUAAUCUCCUAGCUUUCAAUGGUGUUUCUGUUUCAAAGAAGAUAUACUACGUCUGA